AUGCAGAUCAAGGUUCUCGCCAUUGCCGCCUUGGUCGCCGGCUCCCAAGCUCAGUCUCUCGCUGUUCCCGUUGUCUCGCCUCUGGUCUCGCAACUUCUCAGCCAGCUCGGUGCGGUUGGCACCGCCCUCGAGACUGCUACUGGUCUGACAUCGGGUGCGGGCAACAACCCCCUUGGUCUUGCUGGCAGCCUACCUGGCAUCAUCACCAGCCUCGCCACUGUGAGCAAUCUUGUCCGCAAUGUCAAUAGCCUGAUCCCUCUUUUCGGCAACGGCGGAACCCAGCCCGGAGGAUCUCUGUCCAACCUUGCUCCUGCAGAUCAGCAGGCUGUGUGCGACGCAGUUGGAAAUAUCAAUGUGCAGCAGGCCAAGCUCACUGCUGGCGUUGAAAAGCUCAGGACAAACUCGCCCAUCGUCGGCGGUGUCAUCGGUGGCACCCUGGCCGGCGUCAUCAAUCUCCUCGUCAACGUCUUCAAGGGUCUCAGCACCCCUGGCUGCACAGUCACCAUCACCCCCGGAACAGGUGGCGUGAGCGGUGGUCUUGGUGGUGGCAUCUAA